UCAGUGCUGUUACACAAUGUCGCGGAAAAUUUGUUUUCACUGCUGCGCUCAAUGCCAGCUGCAUUAGUGCCAUGUGCGCAAGAGGCGCUUUGCGAUCCCCCAGAACAGCACGCCGCGAUCAAUCGACUUUAUGAAGUCUCAGUCGCCGCCUGAAAUGGACUGGGCACCGCGGGGUGAGCGAUACGGGGAGUGGCAGCGGUCCAGUCGGUAGACGCACUAGGUAAAACAGAACACAAAAAACGCGGACCGGUAAGAUCGAGAAGUCGGCUUGCCAGUUUUGCUCUGUCGUCUGUUUCUCGCGAAGAAAAGUGCGUCCCCAUCUGAACCUAUUCGGAUUCUGCCUAACAAGAGGCUCACCACUGGAUAAACUAACUACGCCAGCUACUACAAUUUAAUGGUCAAUUAACUUCGUGCUCCACCGCGCACAGAUGAGUACUCUGUUUCUCUGAAAGGUGCGUUAUUUACUCUGGGCAGAUAUCCUCAUCAAAACUUCUGAAAGGAUUAUUUUCUUUGUUCCGAGCGUUGCUUGUCACAAAUAACUGUUCGUCUCAUUUUAUACUUGCACUUAGUAUAUCUCGCGCACCGCCAGACCAAAAGGAAGUAAAACGCCAGCACUCGGCGCCUGUGAAGUCGCGCAGCGUCGAGCGCUCUGGAGUUGCACCUGCUGGAAAGGUGGAUAACCAGGGCGAUGCCACGCGUGCUGCUGCGGUGUGUGCAGCUCUUGAGUUGGUGACCGAAUUCCCGACUUCUCCAUGGGACUAAUAUAAAGGUGUUAAGACUGACACAAUGCGCUGGGACAAAGGCAUCUGGAGGAUGGCUAAACUGUACACGGCGGUAAUCUUGACUACAACGGUGACUGUGUGCCAAGACCUUGACAGUGGAGAACUUUCAGAUUCCCAGAAGAGAUCAACAUCUUUCCCUAUGCAUCUGCCUGUGAAUUAUGAAAUUGUCAAUGCGGGAUUCUCCUGCUUUCUCAAGGAAGCCAACCAGGAAAUCAUGCGCAAUUCUAGCAUGCAAAGUCACACUGAAGCCUUUAUUAUACUAGAGGCCAAUCAGUCUCCGACUGUCAAUGCCAGCUAUGGAACCCUUUCAACUCAGCAGGUGGUCCCCCUAGAGUUGAUGCAAACAGCUGACCUUUUCAGUGAAGCCAGUAAAUUUACCUUCAACUGGAAAAUCCAACCUUUUAUUUUGAACAGAAGAGUUCACUACUCACAGCCAAAAGUGUAUAUUUUAUUUUAUAUUUCGGGAAAAAACUGGGCAGACCCACAGGCUGAUAACAGCAUGGACAACUUACCUUGUAUAAUGGUGUUUGCAUUUUGGCAAACACAGGAGGUCAGAAGUUCAUGUAGGCUUAAAGGCCACCUAGGGCUUUGCGUAGCUGAACUGGAGCCCAAUCCCACUUGGUUUCAUCCAAGUGAACCCUCUGGACAGGAUAAGCGAGCUGAUGAACUGGAUGGCACACCAGUGGAACUUUAUUACAUGGCACAAUCCAGCGAGAACAGGGAAUGUAGCAUGGAAGAAUCCAAAAAGGGACUUCGGACAAAACAGCAUGAGCAAUAUGUGGAAAUGCCAUUCACCCCAAUGCAAAGGAUUGGCAAUGUUCGACUCUACAACAACCCAACAAAUGAAGAUCAGCUGUCUGAGCUCUGGCUCGGAGAGAGUAUUGUAAUACAGAUGCCCUCAAAGCCUAUUAUGAAGAUAGGCAUUGCCACAUAUUAUGUCUCCAUUGCCACCAGCUCUGCCAUAGACAGGUUUACACUGAGAGCCAAAGGAAAGAAAGGAGUGUUCUUCCGCAAAAUGAGAGUCAGCAAUGAUCCUGUCUGGGAGGUGACUCCGGAAGCAGGAAAUGUGGGAAGAUCUGGAACAGUCACCUUCUCCUGUCAAAGACAAUCGCUCACUUUUGAGGACAGGUCACCAGAGGGUCUGCUGGAAAUUAUGCAGCUUGAUUUUGCAGCAGACGAAUUCAGUAUUAUCCAGACCAUCACAUGGCAGGUGCAAUAUCCAGGGACUUCACAGACUGGAGAGGAGGGCUUGACACGAGUCAACAUUACUCAAAGAGAGACCAUAGGACUAGCUCCACUGGCAAUGGACACGGCCAUCCUCAAUACUGCAAUUCUAACUGGGAAAAAAGUUACAUUACCGGUGAAAGUGUUGAAAGUAGAGCAAGGAGGAACAGUAACUGAUGUGUCAGAUUUGACAGACUGCCAGUCUACUGAUGAAGAUAUAUUGAAGGUUUCAGAUAGAUGUGAUUUCAUCUAUGUGAAUGGAAAAGAAAUGAAAGGAAGAGUAAAGACGGCAGUGAACUUUACACACGAGGGUAUGAGUGCACAGUUGGAGAUUACAGUGUGGGUUCCUCGUCUUCCACUUCAGAUUGAGGUGUCUGAUACAGAGCUUAGCCAGAUCAAAGGCUGGCGGAUCCCAAUCACUACUAGCAAAAGGUCAAGCUGGGACAGUGAUGAUGAAGAGGAGGAUGAUAAAAGAGGAAGAGGAUGCACUCUACAAUAUCAACAUGCUAUAGUGCGAGUACUUACUCACUUUGUGGCUGAACAAGCUGAUCCACGAGAUCAACUUGCUUACUUCCUGGGCUCUGACUGGCAAUUGGACAUUACUGACAUGGUCAGGUACUUCAUGAAAGUAGAAGACCCCCGGAUAGCAAGGCUGCAGAAUGGGAAAGUGAUAGUAGGUCGAGAGCUUGGUGUUACAACACUUCAGGUUCUGUCCCCACUGUCUGACUCAAUCCUGGCAGAAAAGACAGUAACAGUCCGCGAUGACAAGGUGAUGAUCACAGAGCUUGGGAUUCAACUGGUCACAGAGCUGUCUCUCUCCUUGCAGUUUAGCCCAGGAAGCAGCAGAGCUAUACUUGCCACAACAACCACGCAAGAACUCUUUCAUAGGCCUAAGCAGGAGGCAAUGCUGAGUGCCUGGAUCCAGUUCAAUGAUGGUUCCAUGACUCCUUUGGAUAUAUAUGAUCCAAAUUAUUACCUGCUGUCUGUGGCUUCACUGGAUGAAGAAGUGAUCUCUGUUCGAAAUGAUCCUCAACUCAAGAUACCUUUCAUAAUGGCAGAGGGUGAGGGACAGGGAGUACUGUUGAAGGUGGAAAUGGUCAUCUGUGAGGUAUGCCAAAAAUCCAAAAGAAAGAGUGUUUUAGCUGUUGGAAAUGGAAGCCUUAAGGUCAAGUUUCAUCAGGAAGAAAAGAAAACCAAAAUCACUGGUAGUAUAGAUUAUGGCAGUGAUGGAGAGGAGUUGGAGAAUGUCAAUACUGACCAAAAACAGAAGAUAAAUGGGCAAAGCCAGACAGGAGCAGAUGUUCUUUUCUAUGGGAGUACCAUUUUAGACCGAGAAGAAAGUGUCAUUAGAAAAGUGACAACAACAGUCAAAACAGUCAGCAGGGAUCUGGUUGGCGGAAGUCUUUCUGGCAGUUCUCCUCAGGAUCCCGUUAAUCUUAUAGACUACACAAACUUUCCAUCGCAACUAGACCUGCCUAAAAAAAAUGGUGCUUUGGAAGAAAAUGACCUUGCCCAAACACCUCGGUUUCUAAGUGAUCUGGAGAUUGGGAUGUAUGCUUUAUUAGGCGUUUUCUGCCUGGCAAUUCUAGUGUUUCUUCUGAAUUGUGCAUCAUAUGUGCUGAAAUAUAGACAUAAGCAAACCUCAUUACAAGGACAAGAAAACCUGAGUCACCUACAUGACUGGGUGUGGCUGGGGACAGAUGCUGAGCUGGUCAUGAACAUGGCAGGCAGCCCACCCUUGCACAAUAAGCAUAAGACCACAAUUAUUGAUAUUGGUUUGGGCCUGGAAAAUGGUGCUAAUCUAAUAAGUGAGGCACUAGAAAAUGAAAAUGGCCCAACACUUCACCCCACUGGCUCGCUUACACUAAAGACUAAAAAUGACUCCAUAAACUCUCCUACCACAAAAAGGAAGAGAGUUAAAUUUACAACAUUUACUUCAGUAUCAUUAGACAGUGAGAGACCAACCAGUGACUUCAGAUUACUGGAACGUGAGGAUGAAAAGUGGGUCAGUCAAUCAGCACAAAGUGGAAAUUCCAAAGAUAACAGAGAGCAGCUAUAAAUUUUAUAACUGUACAUAUUUAACUAAGGACUUUUUUAUUUGUGGUCACCCUUAUGCCUUUAGUUUUAUCCACACUGCAACUAAAAAUGGACAUACAGAGUUACCAGUAAAUAUGAAAUAAAACAAAGCUGUGGCUGCCCCCCUUUAAUCACCAGUACUUGAUGAUUGCAGUCUGGCUCAGUUGGUGGCAUAAUGGUAAGUUUAUUUAGAAAUGUCUCACUUUGUUUUAAAUUGUACGUUUUUACCCUGUUCAUGCAUUCCUGACUUGUAGUUCUGUUCCGAAAAAAACACCUUACUGAAAUGAUCAAAUUUGCUAUUAGCUAGGUACAAUUUGACCAGGUCCUCAAACAUCAACAUUCCAAACUCAAACCAAGUAAAGUGACUUGCCAAUUUUCAGCAACCAGGUCACUCAAAUAAUGUAGAACUUGAAGUGAUGUUGACCCUCUGACAACAAGCAGUGGUCCUGUUUGAAUCAGUGAUUUUGCGGGGUACUCCUCGUUCCUUAUCAAGUGAUACUGACAAAACCUGUGUGUGGAUGGGCAGAGAGUUGGACGAAUAAAAAACAAUGUCCAUUUCAAACAGCUAAUAGUUGGGCAUGCCUGCAUGCCAAAUUUCCUAGUGUAAUAAAUCUGUUCGUUUUGCUUUUCAAUUUUAAUUUUUACUAGUACAUGUCGGAUUGUUAUAAACUGUGCAGUUGACGUCUCUGAAGUAAAAAAUGACAUACUUGAAAUCAUCCAUCUACCUUGUCAUUAAACUAUUUUAAU